UCAAAUCCGUUACUUUCAAAUGCAACCGAGCUGUUGACUUAUUAACGCAUUUUAUCGAUAUUUCUUUUUCGUUUAGAUUGGCUAGUAGCAUUUAAGAUCGAUUCGCCAUUACCAGGUGUCGUCGUCUACGACUCAGUCACUAGUAAGUCACUUUUAAAUUUUUUACAAUUGUGACACACUUGAUCGUGAAAAAACGAUGGCGGAGCAAAUUACUUGUAAUAAACGAUCCGACUUUAACAGAUCCUACGUACACAUUCGCCGAAUCAAAGAUUUUCCAAAGUUGGUGCUAAGUAAUCCAGUUGGUCAUCGACAACAAAUUUUUCAGACUAGAGUGAGCAAUGGAGAGCAAGAAUCUGUACUAUCGUUGAUCUUGUAUCCAGGUGGUUACGAUCAAGAUCACACUGGUUAUGUGGCUAUCCGUGCUUCUCUCGGACGGAAGAUUGAUUGUAAAAUUCAGGUUAAUGUAGCGAUAUGCGGCCGAGAAAAUGAAGAACAUUUCAAAAGGUUGCUGGUUUUGACUCCAGAGAAUGGCCUUCGUGAUUUUGCCAAGGAUUUUGUCGGCAAAUCCACCUUAUUGAACACUGCUGAUCUUUUGCGGGACAAUAAUGUAUUCAAGAUAGCUUGUCACGUUUCAAUUUGUAGCAAAGAAAGCGAAAGACUUGCUUGUGUAUCGCAAUAUCACAAGGCACACAUUAACCAGUACGGAAAACUAUUAGAGACUGGAGAUUUCAGUGACUUCAAGCUAAUUGCUGGUGAUGAGACGUUCUAUGUGCACAAGUGUAUAUUGACUACCCAUAGUCCUGUAUUUGCAGCCAUGUUUCGUAGUGACAUGUCUGAGAAAAAUCAGGCUUUUGCUGACAUUCCGGAUAUUGAUCCCGACACACUGAGAGAAAUGCUUCGUUUUAUUUACAUCGCUGAAGUGGACCAACUUGACGAACUAGCGGGUAGUCUGUGGAUUGCUGCCGAUAAAUACGAAGUGAAAGGACUUAAAGAGGUUUCUGAAGCGAAAUUAAUUGAAAGACUGAAUGUUAAUAAUAUCGUCGAAACUCUCUUUUUUCUCAAUAGGUACUCAGUAAAUACUCUGAAUGAGCUCAAAGCGGCUGCAAUCAAGUUUACCAUUGACAAUGCCGAGCUAAUGAUGAAUGAUAAUAAAUUUAAAGAUAGUAUGAAAAUACUAUCUUCGGAUUUGCUGUCUGACGUUCUUUGUGCCGCAUUGAAAAAAAAAUAACGCUUUACUUAAAUUUGUACUUCGUGCAACCAUGUUUCCGUUUAAUUAUGUACAUAUUCAGAUUUUACAACUUUGCUAUAAAUAUUUAUUUUUUUAAGUAAUUGUACAAAAAUUCACCCCUCUUACCAACAUAUUCAUAUACUAUAUAUAAUACAGUUGAGAAAUGAAAAUGAAAUGAUAAUUACGAGGACUAAUUUUGUAAAAUGGAAAUUUUUAACUAAAAAUUUGAUUUUAUGUUUCCUUACUGCUUCAAUAGCAC